CCGUUUGUCAAAAUGACGUUUAAUUGCAACUGCAAACAAGCUGCAAUCUGCAUUGCUGUUCGUUAUUUUUGAGGCAUUGCAGUUAUUUCUUUUGAAUAUUUCACUGUUUUAAAGCCAUGGAUUUCGACUACUACGAAGUUACUUCCGAGUUAGAUCCUCGUGAAAUCCUUAGAUAUCUGAAUCACUUAGGUAUUCACAAUAUAAGUGGAGAAGUGUUGAAAUAUUUUAUUACAGAUCUCAAGAAACUUAUCAAACAUGAUUUAGACCAGCGUAGUAAAUCUAGUGAGCAGGAAUAUGAAAUUCAGGGCCCAGAAAGGUUACACAGUGCUAGUACAUUUUCUUCUAGAAUAAGGUCUAAGACAUACAGUGAAGACAGUUUAAAAUGCGGCAAAGAAUGUCGGAGAACAAGAAAACCUUUGGCUAUGAGAAACAUUCAUUCGGCACCUGUCUUAGGCAGACAAAAGACUCAAGAAGAGAAGCCAGUACGAAGAGCUUGUUCUUGUAAUGCUGUGGAGAGAAAGGUUGAAACCGUCUCCAGAGAAUCAAGAGUUACAACCACUACUAGUAAUAAUUUGAUAAAAGUGCCCAAGCCACCAGUAAAAAAGAAAUGUGACCCAGUCUCAUUGUACCACUACUAUACAUCAUUGUGGGCGAAGUACAAGCCCAAUGUCCCCGGUGAAAAUGACUGGGCUGAUCUCAGGUGGCACAUACGUCAGAAGAUGGCCGGCAGUGUAUCUCACCACUCAGACAACAAAGCACCAGAGUCACAUGUAAAGGUGAAAGAGAGGACACAUGCUAAAAAAUGACAUACAUGUUACGUAAUAUUUAAAUUUUACAUUGUAACAUGUUUAACCAUUAGCAUAGAAUAAUAUAGAAAAAUACUUUGUAUAGAAUGGUAACUCCAUCCAACUGGGCACCCUCAGGCAUUCAGCGCUCUCCAUUUGUCCAGCAAAGUAAUUGAUGCCAUCUGUGGCAAAUCUACAAUAAGUCGUCAAAAAAAAAAAAAAAGGUAACUCCACCAAUUCGUAAUGGGCGCCGACCUCACCCCCUCUGUGUGUUACUUAGUUUUGAAUGGCCGUAAUCUACUAAGAAGUAAUUGGGAGAAAACGAAUAGUCUGUCUUAAGGCGGCUAAUUGUGCCCAGGGUGUGCCAUUUAAUUGUGAAUAAUUUAAUUACGUUACAUGUAAUAUAUGACUAAAUAAAUGUACUGAUAUAUUUUUAAUUGUU